AUGUACUACAGCCAUUUGAUGCUGAUGUUCUCAGUGUUUAUAGACACUGGCAUACUUAUUCUUGAGGCUCCACCAUUAUACAACUCAUACUCUGAUCAGCGACAUCGACCGAACACUCCUCAACAAUAUUCUCCUAGCAAAAUUCUAAUUCUAACAGCACGCCACGCCCGAUAUGAUGCUUCUCAUCGAUACACACAAACUAAAGGCACUGUUACCUCUAAUAAUGUUAAAAAAAUGAAACCAAUACGGUACAAACUCAGUGAGAAAGCUGAUCAAGAGAAAACAUGGCGGGAGUUGAAGAAGUUAUUAGUCAAGAUUACGAAGCAUUGA